AUGACUAUCUUCUCCUGGUCCUACUACACAGAGGCUAACGGUUUGAAGCAGGCCAACGGUGAGGGUAACCAUGCCGACGACAGCAGCGCUGGGAAAGGGUCGAGGGAGGUCAAAGGAGCCAACUGGUCAUAAAGCAGUUACUGGCCCUGCUGGUCAAGAGGUUUCACCACGCUACCAGAUCAUACAAAGACUUCCUCGCCCCAGGUACUGGACUAUAACUAGAUAUAGGGAGGGAUGGAGGGACAGAGGAAGGGAUGGUGGGAGGGAGGGAGGGGGAGGGUGGGAGGAGGAUGGAGGAGGGAGGGUGGGAUGGAGGGAGGGAGGGAGGGAGGGAAGAGGAAGGGAUGGUGGGGAGGAGGGAGGGAGGGGGGUGGGAUGGAUGGAUGGAUGGAUGGAGGGAGGGAGGGAGGGAGGGAGGGAUGGUGGAGAGGGAGGGAGGAGGGGGAGGGAGGGAGGGAGGGAGGGAGGGAGGGAGGGGAGGGAGGGUGGGAAAUUUGGAUAAAGCACUUCAUGGCCCCUGCUGGUCAAGUGCCCAGGGGGGUAGGGGAUGGUUUGGGGAUUCAGGGGUAGAAUAACAUACCUAGAAUCCAGAGGUUUCCUGGUCAGGUCACAUAGGGUCCGGGAAAACUGAGAUGGUGUCCUUUGAGUAAUAGUGUGAAUGGUUUGGUGUCCGCAGAUCGUCCUGCCUGCUAGCUUCGUCCUGAUAGCCCUGAUCUUCACCAUGAUUGUACCUCCAUUUGGAGAGUACCCUCCCCUCACCCUCACUCCCUGGAUGUACGGUCAGCAGUUCACAUUUUUCAGGUUAGUCUCUCUCUGUUUGGAGAAUACCACUGGCAACUCACCAAGAGAACCCCACACAGGAUUUUAAUCUCAAUGUCUGAAUACUCUGAUCCUGGCUGGUCCUGAUCGCAUGGUCUUGGACCAGCCACUUGAAUUGUUUCAUGAACGCAGAGACAUCACACUAGGUAUCUAACCAGAAGGUCAUGACCCUGUUCUUCAACCUGUUCUUCUCUUCUUCCUUCCUUCUGUUCUCAGUAACGAGCGACUGGAAAACUACCAGAUGAGACAUUUCACCAAGGUGUUGCUGAACCCGCCGGGCCUUGGGACUCGCUGUAUGGCAGGAGAACCUCUAAAGUGAGUACCAGCUACUCUAGGUUGAAGACAGGCCAGGCCUGUGUUUUGACUAGUUGUCUGAAAUCUCCCUCUACUCUACUAACUAUAAAUCACCAAGUUCUCUGCUAACGUGUUGUGUGUGUUCCUGUGAUGUUUGUGUGUGCUUUGUCCAUACAGAAACCUGCCCUGUGGGAACGAGACAUUGGGCUGGGAUACACCUGAGGUUUCUCCAAUAGCCAAUAACAUCAUGCAGAGCCCUGAGUGGCACCCGCUAAACCCCUCCCCUUCCUGCCAGUGCAGCACCAAUAAGAAGCUGACUAUGUUACCCAUCUGUCCAAUCGGAGCUGGGGGGCUGCCCCCUAUGCAGGUCAGUAUACUGACUGUUCUCUGUGUAUACUGAAUCUUUCUUAUAUGUUACAGCAGUAACCUGUCCUCCAGUAACCUGUCCUCCAGUAACCUGCCCUCCAGUAACCUGUCCUCCAGUAACCUGUCCUCCAGUAACCUGUCCUCCAUUAACCUGUCUCAGUAACCUGUCCUCCAGUAACCUGCCCUCCAGUAACCUGCCUCAGUAACCUGCCCUCCAGUAACCUGUCCUCCAGUAACCUGCCCUCCAGUAAACCUGUCCUCAAUUAACCUUCUCUCCAGUAACCUGUACUCCAUUAACCUGUCCUCCAGUAACCUGUCCUCCUGUAACCUACCUCCAGUAACCGGCCCUCCAGUAACCUGUCCUCCAGUAACCUGUCCUCCAUUAACCUGUCCUCCAGUAACUUGUCCUCCAGUAACCUGUCCUCCAGUAACCUGCCCUCCAGUAACCUGCCCUCCAGUAACCUGUCCUCCAGUAACCUGCCCUCCAGUAACCUGUCCUCCAUUAACCUGCUCUCCAGUAACCUGUCCUCCAUUAACCUGUCCUCCAGUAACCUGUCCUCCUGUAACCUACCCUCCAGUAACCUGCCCUCCAGUAACCUGCCCUCCAGUAACCUGUCCUCCAGUAACCUGCUCUCCAGUAACCUGUCCUCCAGUAACCUGUCCUCCAGUAACCUGUCCUCCAUUAACCUGUCCUCCAGUAACCUGUCCUCCAGUAACCUGCUCUCCAGUAACCUGUCCUCCAUUAACCUGUCCUCCAGUAACCUGUCCUCCAGUAACCUGCUCUCCAGUAACCUGUCCUCCAGUAACCUGUCCUCCAAUAACCUGUCCUCCAUUAACCUAUCCUCCAGUAACCUGUCCUCCAGUAACCUGUCCUCCAAUAACCUGUCCUCCAGUAACCUGUCCUCCAGUAACCUGUCCUCCAGUAACCUGUCCUCCUGUAACCUGCUCUCCAGUAACCUGUCCUCCAGUAACCUGCCCUCCAGUAACCUGUCCUCCAGUAACCUGUCCUCCAGUAACCUGUCCUCCAUUAACCUGUCCUCCAGUAACCUGUCCUCCAGUAACCUGCCCUCCAGUAACCUGCCCUCCAGUAACCUGUCCUCCAGUAACCUGCCCUCCAGUAACCUGUCCUCCAGUAACCUGCCCUCCAGUAACCUGUCCUCCAUUAACCUGCUCUCCAGUAACCUGUCCUCCAUUAACCUGUCCUCCAGUAACCUGUCCUCCUGUAACCUACCCUCCAGUAACCUGCCCUCCAGUAACCUGUCCUCCAGUAACCUGUCCUCCAUUAACCUGUCCUCCAGUAACUUGUCCUCCAGUAACCUGUCCUCCAGUAACCUGCCCUCCAGUAACCUGCCCUCCAGUAACCUGUCCUCCAUUAACCUGCUCUCCAGUAACCUGUCCUCCAUUAACCUGUCCUCCAGUAACCUGUCCUCCUGUAACCUACCCUCCAGUAACCUGCCCUCCAGUAACCUGCCCUCCAGUAACCUGUCCUCCAGUAACCUGCUCUCCAGUAACCUGUCCUCCAGUAACCUGUCCUCCAGUAACCUGUCCUCCAUUAACCUGUCCUCCAGUAACCUGUCCUCCAGUAACCUGCUCUCCAGUAACCUGUCCUCCAUUAACCUGUCCUCCAGUAACCUGUCCUCCAGUAACCUGCUCUCCAGUAACCUGUCCUCCAGUAACCUGUCCUCCAGUAACCUGUCCUCCAGUAACCUGUCCUCCAGUAACCUGUCCUCCUGUAACCUGCUCUCCAGUAACCUGUCCUCCAGUAACCUGUCCUCCAGUAACCUGCUCUCCAGUAACCUGUCCUCCAGUAACCUGUCCUCCAGUAACCUGUCCUCCAUUAACCUGUCCUCCAGUAACCUGUCCUCCAGAAACCUGUCCUCCAGUAACCUGUCCUCCAGUAACCUGUCCUCCAGUAACCUGUCCUCCAUUAACCUGCCCUCCAGUAACCUCUCCCCCAGUACCCCCCAGCCAGUCCAAACCUUUCCUCCAGUACCCCUGGCCAGUCCAAAUCUCUCCCCUGGUACCCCCCAGUCAGUCCAAACCUCUCCUCCAGUACCCCUAGUGUAAUGAUGUCAUUUCAUAGUGUUGUGUGACCCAGGGGAGAGUUGGUAGAUAAGUGACAUGGUGCCACAGAGUCUGCAUUCCUUAUGUCAAAGGAGAUUGCUGAUGUUGAUCUUAGAAUGAUUGAUGGACAGGAUAUACUGACUUGGGGGUAAAGGGUAAUAACAUCAAAGAAGGGAAUGCCCACUGAUGGGUAUCAGAUGCUCGUGAAGAAACGUGUAAUAAGCUGAGAGGAUCUCUUUGUUCUGGAGUUCGGAAGAUGGCAGAGGCAGGGCUAUGUCCUUCUUCUGUUAUAACUAACCAUGGUACCAUAUUAAAUAUAUUAUAUGAACUCCCCAUCAAAAGUGUCUAAGUACAUCCUUACAUUCUUAAUCACCUGAUACCCUAGAAACUCAUCAUAACACCUAGCCAGUCCAAAUAUCUCCUCCAGUACCCCUAGCCAGUCCAAAUCUCUUCCCCAGUACACCCCAGCCAGUCCAAACCUCACCCCCAGAAAUCUUUCCUCCAGUACCCCUAUCCAGUCCAGUUCUUUGAUGUAUUCAAAAAGUCACCUAAUCAUCAAGUUCUUCAUUAGUUGAAUCUGCAGUGCUAGUAUUGGAAUACAUCAAAUAACUGGACUGGCUAGGGGGUACCCGAGGAGAGGUUUGGGAAACACUGUUGUAUUUCUGAUCGUGUGUUAUCAAGCUGUUUAAUGUAUACAGUGUGAUGGUAUGUGUCGUGUGCGAUGUCUUCGCAGAGGAAAGAGGCCACGGGGGAUACGCUACUGGAUCUGACUGAUAGAAACAUUACAGACUACUUGGUUAAAACCUACCCCAGGCUCAUCAGAGAAAGGUAAGGGUCCGUACACCACCAACUAACAUCGUCAUCGUAGACGUGUGCUAUACGCAUCAGACAGGUGUGGUAGAGUUCCAGUCAUCCCAUGUCCACUGAUGAUAUAUUCAUCUGUUAGAGUCAUCCAUGUCAAACGGCAGAAGUCCACUGAUGAUACAGUUGAAGUCGGGAAGUUUACAUACACUUAGGUUGGAGUCAUUAAAACUCGUUUUUCAACCACUCCACACAUGUAGUCGGUUAGGACAUCUACUUUGUGCAUGACACAAGUAAUUUUUCCAACAAUUGUUUACAGACAGAUUAUUACACUUAUAAAUCACUAUAUCACAAUUCCAGUGGGUCAGAAGUUUACAUACACUAAGUUGACUGUGCCUUUAAACAGCUUGGAAAAUUCCAGAAAAUUAUGUCAUGGCUUUAGAAGCUUCUGAUAGGCUAAUUGACAUCAUUUGAGUCAAUUGGAGGUGUACCUCUGGAUGUAUUUCAAGGCCUACCUUCAAACUCAGUGCCUCUUUGCUUGACAUCAUGGGAAAAUCAAAAGAAAUCAGCCAAGACCUCAGAAAAAAAAUUGCAGACCUCCACAAGUCUGGUUCAUUCUUGCGAGCAAUUUCCAAACGCCUGAAGGUACCACGUUCAUCUCUACAAACAAUGGUACGCAAGUAUAAACACCAUGGGACCACGCAGCCAUCAUACCGCUCAGGAAGGAUACGCGUUCUGUCUCCUAGAGAUGAACGUACUUUGGUGCGAAAAGUGCAAAUCAAUCCCAGAACAACAGCAAAGGACCUUGUGAAGAUUCUGGAGGAAACAGGUACAAAAGUAUCUAUAUCCACAAUAAAACGAGUCCUAUAUCGACAUAACCUGAAAGGCCACUCAGCAAGGAAGAAGCCACUGCUCCAAAACCGCCAUAAAAAAGCCAGACUACGGUUUGCAACUGCACAUGGGGACAAAGAUCGUACUUUUUGGAGAAAUGUCCUCUGGUCUGAUGAAACAAAAAUAGAACUGUUUGGCCAUAAUGACCAUCGUCAUGUUUGGAAGAAAAAGGGGGUUACUUGCAAGCCGAAGAACACCAUCCCAACCGUGAAGCACGGGGGUGGCAGCAUCAUGCUGUGGGGGUGCUUUGCUGCAGGAGGGAAUGGUGCACUUUACAAAAUAGAUUGCAUCAUGAGGAAGGAAAAUUAUGUGGAUAUAUUGAAGCAAAAUCUCAAGACAUCCGUCAGGAAGUUAAAGCUUGGUCACAAAUGGGUCUUCCAAAUGGACAAUGACCCCAAGCAUACUUCCAAAGUUGUGGCAAAAUGGCUUAAGGACAACGAAGUCAAGGUAUUGGAGUGGCCAUCACAAAGCCCUGACCUCAAUCCUAUAGAAAAUGUGUGGGCAGAACUGAAAAAGCAUGUGUGAGCAAGGAGGCCUACAAUCCUGACUCAGUUACACCAGCUCUGUCAGGAGGAAUGGGCCAAAAUUCACCCAACUUAUUGUGGGAAGCUUGUGGAAGGCUACCCGAAACGUUUGACCCAAGUUAAACAAUUUAAAGGCAAUGCUACCAAAUACUAAUUGAGUGUAUGUAAACUUCUGACCCACUGGGAAUGUGAUGAAAGAAAUUUUAAGCUGAAAUAAAUCAUUCUCUCUACUAAUAUUCUGACAUUUCACAUUCUUAAAAUAAAGUGGUGAUCCUAACUGACCUAAGGCAGGGAAUUUUUACUAGGAUUAAAUGUCAGGAAUUGUGAAAAACUGAGUCUAAAUGUAUUUGGCUAAGGUGUAUGUAAACAUCCGACUUCAACUGUAGGUAUGCUACCGUUCAAAAGUUUGGGGUCACUUAGAAAUGUCUUUGUUUUCAAAAGAAAAGCAAUUUGUCUGUCCAUUAAAAUAACAUCAAAUUGAUCAGAAAUACAAUGUAGACAUUGUUAUGUUGUAAAGGGCUAUUGUAGCUGGAAACAGCUGAAUUUUAAUGGAAUAUCUUCAUUGGCGUACAGAGCCCCAUUAUCAGAAACCAUCAGUCCACUGUUCCAAUGGCACGUUGUGUUUGAAUGAUAUAUGCAUCUCUCCUCAUUUCAUUAUUUUAUUUUCCAUUUCCAGUUUGAAGAGCAAAUACUGGGUGAAUGAACAAAGGUAUGCUUUUAUUAAUUGAUUUAUUUUCUAAAGACAUCUCAUCGCAAACAAAAUAUCAGUUUUAGUUUAGCUUAUUUGUCUUACACUGUGUCUCGGUUGAGUUUGUGUAAUGUGUGUGGAGGGUUGUGGGUAUGACUGUGUCGUUGGUCCUCAGGUAUGGAGGGUUGUGAGUAUGACUGUGUCGUUGGUCCUCAGGUACGGAGGGUUGUGGGUAUGACUGUGUCGUUGGUCCUCAGGUAUGGAGGGUUGUGGGUAUGACUGUGUUUUUGGUCCUCAGGUAUGGAGGGUUGUGGGUAUGACUGUGUAGUUGGUCCUCAGGUACGGAGGGUUGUGGGUAUGACUGUGUGGUUGGUCCUCAGGUACGGAGGGUUGUGGGUAUGACUGUGUCGUUGGUCCUCAGGUACGGAGGGUUGUGGGUAUGACUGUGUCGUUGGUCCUCAGGUACGGAGGGUUGUGGGUAUGACUGUGUGGUUGGUCCUCAGGUAUGGAGGGUUGUGAGUAUGACUGUGUUGUUGGUCCUCAGGUAUGGAGGGUUGUGAGUAUGACUGUGUUGUUGGUCCUCAGGUAUGGAGGGUUGUGGGUAUGACUGUGUAGUUGGUCAUCAGGUACGGAGGGUUGUGGGUAUGACUGUGUCGUUGGUCCUCAGGUACGGAGGGUUGUGGGUAUGACUGUGUCGUUGGUCCUCAGGUACGGAGGGUUGUGGGUAUGACUGUGUCGUUGGUCCUCAGGUACGGAGGGUUGUGGGUAUGACUGUGUCGUUGGUCCUCAGGUAUGGAGGGUUGUGGGUAUGACUGUGUCGUUGGUCCUCAGGUACGGAGGCCUGUCUGUUGGAGGUCAGCUGCCCAUACUGGAAGUCAGCCCUAAACAGAUCCAGGAUACCCUCACUCAGCUGAUGAAGAUGCUCAACGUCACUGGGGUACGGAUCACUGCAUACCUGGCCUAGCGGUCACUGGGGUACGGAUCACUACAUACCUGGCCUAGCGGUCACUGGGGUACGGAUCACUACAUACCUGGCCUAGCGGUCACUGGGGUACGGAUCACUACAUACCUGGCCUAGCGGUCACUGGGGUACGGAUCACUACAUACCUGGCCUAGCGGUCACUGGGGUACGGAUCACUACAUACCUGGCCUAGCGGUCACUGGGGUACGGAUCACUACAUACCUAGCCUAGCGGCUCAGACAUCUGGAGCACAGGAGGCUGAUGGCACCUUAAUUGGGGAGGACAGGCUCAUAGUAAUGUCUGGAAUGGUGAUUAAUGGAAUGGUAUCAAACACAUCUUCCAUUCCAUUCCAUUCACUCCAUUCCAGACAUUACUAUGAGCCCGUCCUCCCCACGGCCGCAUCCUGGGCUCUGGGGGGAUGGGACAUGCAUCAGUAGUUGUACUCCCGAGUGGCGCAGUGGUCUAAGGCACUGCAUCGCAGUGCAAACUUUGCCACUAGAGAUCCUGGUUCGAAUCCAGGCUCUGUCGCAGCCGGCCGCGACCGGGAGACCCAUGGGGCGGCGCACAAUUGGCCCAGCGUCGUCCAGGGUAGGGGAGGGAAUGGCCGGCAGGGAUGUAGCUCAGUUGAUAGAGCAUGGCGUUUGCAACGCCAGGGUUGUGGGUUCGAUUCCCACGGGGGGCCAGUAUAAAAAAAAAAAAUGGAUAAGAGCGUCUGCUAAAUGUGGUAGGAAUUAAGUGAGUGAGAUUUAUAGUUAGCUCAACUACACAAUAUGUUUUUAUAAUUCCGCAGGGUCCCUACACGAAGCUAUCGCUGCAGGAGAUUGGACCUUUCCUCAGAUACAUGGAAAGUGAAUACAAUGUCAAGGUGAGUUAUUUACUGGCUGUCAUACCCCUCUGAAUCAUGACAUUAUGUUAUAUUAUAAUGUUACCUGAGAUGUUCAUGAUCUCCAGAAGCACAACCUGUCCUCAAAUGACAUUAUAAAACAGUAACCUGACAUUAUUUUAUUUCAAUGUAUUUAUUUGUAUUCGUUUUGGCAUGUAUAUGACUCCAUAUUUUAGAACAUUUCAAAAAUGUUUCAUAAAGUUGAACGUGCCUCUACUCCCAUAAAGGUAAUACAUAUAUUUUUUUUACAAAACGUGUUGUAUAUUGAAUGCUACCCAAACCAGGUCUGGUAUAACAACAAAGGCUGGCACGCCAUGGUAGCCUUCAUGAAUGUGGCCAACAACGCCAUUCUGAGGGCACACCUGCCUCGUAACGUUGACCCCAUGGAGUAUGGCAUCACAGCCAUCAACCACCCCCUCAACCUCACCAAGGAACAACUGUCUGAAGUCACUGUGUAAGUUACACUAGUUCCCUCUCUUAAAACAAUACAAUAACUAAUCACAGUUGAAUAUGUUGAAUAUGCUGAAAAUGUCUGUAAGUCAUUUCUUCUCCCAGGUUAUCUUCCUUCUACUUAUGUGUCUGUCUGUCUGUGUCCCUGUCUGUCCCCCAGGGUGACCAUAUCUCUACUAUCUAACCUGUCUGUCCCCUAGGGUGACCAUAUCUCUACUAUCUAACCUGUCUGUCCCCUAGGGUGACCAUAUCUCUACUAUCUAACCUGUCUGUCCCCCAGGGUGACCAUAUCUCUAUUAUCUAACCUGUCUGUCCCCCAGGGUGACCAUAUCUCUACUAUCUAACCUGUCUGUCCCCUAGGGUGACCAUAUCUCUACUAUCUAACCUGUCUGUCCCCUAGGGUGACCAUAUCUCUAUUAUCUAACCUGUCUGUCCCCCAGGGUGACCAUAUCUCUACUAUCUAACCUGUCUGUCCCCUAGGGUGACCAUAUCUCUACUAUCUAACCUGUCUGUCCCCUAGGGUGACCAUCUCUUUAUUAUCUAACCUGUCUGUCCCCUAGGGUGACUAUCUCUCUAUUAUCUAAACUGUCGGUCCCCUAGGUUGACUAUCUCUCUAUUAUAUAACUAUCUCUCUCUCCUCUCCCAGGUUGAAGACAUCAGUAGACGCGGUGACAGCUAUCUGUGUGAUCUUUGCCAUGUCCUUCAUCCCAGCCUCCUUUGUCCUCUACCUGAUCCAGGAGAGAGUCACGAAGGCUAAACACCUCCAGUUCGUCAGUGGGGUCAGCCCCUUGGUCUACUGGUUAGCCAAUUUCUUCUGGGACAUGGUACGUUAAUCAAUGAAUCAAUAAACUGUUAUUUAUAAAUCCCUUUUUUUUAUAACAUUAUUUGUGACAAAGUGCUUUAUGGUAACCUGCACUGGACCCACAAAGAGGAAGUAACAGUUACAGGAAGAGGAACUGGAGUCUUAUGUAGCAUGUUGUUCUUAAUCAGUGUCGCUCAUCUGUUUCUAGAGCAUGGAAUUCAAAUCAAAUCAAAAUGUAUUUGUCAUAUGCAGAGGAUACAGAGGUGUACACAGUACAAUGAAAUGCUUACCUGCAAGCUGUAUUGAAUAUAUUGAAUUGUACCUUUCGUGAUAGAAGUACCAAAUUGUGCACACAGUUUCUCCCUCCCCUGGCGGCCAUUCUAACCAGAUCUGUGGGGCCAAAUUGGAAUCGGAUUGACACGGCCGAAUCAGUGAUAGGUCAGUGACUUGCUCUACCCUGAUUUCAUCAAUUUAAAUGUUUUCCAUAUUUUCCAUCUCCUGUCUCUCCAGAUGAACUACUCGCUCAGUACAGCCAUGGUGGUGGGCAUCUUUGUGGCCUUCGACAAGAAGUGUUACACCUCACCCACCAACCUGCCAGCCCUGGUUCUCCUGCUCUUCCUGUAUGGGUGAGUUCUAGACACAUUCAUGAUUUGGGAAGCUUAUGUGUACUGCUUAUGAAGACUUUAUGAACGCUCUAUAAAGCCUUUAUGAGGUGCUGUUUGUUUUAGGUGGGUCAACUCCGAUGCUCUGCUUCAAACCCCUCACCUCCCACCCCUUCUGACGUCCUAA